AUGUCGGGAAACGUUGCACUUGUCCUCGGAGCUGGGCCUAGAGUCGGCGCCUCUGUCGCUCAGAAAUUCUCUAGCAACGGCUAUAAAGUUGCUAUCGCUUCCAGGAGCGGCACUGGCUCUAAAACUACUGAAGGGUUUCUCUCACUCAGAGCAGACUUCACCAAGCCCGACUCGGUUCCGGCGCUGUUCGAUGCAGUGAAGAACGAGUUUAAGAAAGCUCCCAGUGUUUUUGUCUACAACGCAGCAGCACUCACGAACCCUCCUGACAAGGACUCCAUUUUUUCGAUCCCAUCGGGCAGUGUCGUAUCUCAAUGUCAACACUAUUACUUCCAUGCUUAUGAGCGCCAAGGAGAUGGUAAGAGUAAGGGGCUUGCACUCGAUGGUGCUGCGCAUGGCGAAUUCUUUGCGCAGUUGGCGAAUCAUGAGGGAAAUGUGCCGUGGCAUGCCACGUUUGUGAAGGACAAGGGCUAUGUCCAGUUUAAGCAACAAGAUCGUGCCGGAAUGAAAACUUGGGGAAUCUUCAUAGUUAGAAGUUAA